UAAUAAUAUGCCAAUGAAACUAAUCACGAGUACUCUUGUUGCCUUUCUUUCCCUUGAGUUACUUGCCAUAGUAACCAUCCGCGUUAGCUUCUGCCAUGGAAGCUCUAACCAGCUUGGUUGUGUCGAAAGCGAGAGACAAGCACUUUUAAGGUUCAAGCAAGAUCUCAUUGAUCCUUCAAAUCGACUUGCCUCUUGGAGUACUGUGAAUGCAGAUUGUUGUACAUGGUCUGGUGUUGUCUGUGACAACAGGACAGGCCAUGUCCUGGAGCUCAACCUCAGAUACGAUGCUCCGCUUGAAAAAAUACCUUUCAAAAUUCUUGUUGCUGAACAUGAAGCUCUCGCUAAGUCAAUGUUGAAAGGUAAGCUUAAUCCCUCUUUGCUUAAUUUACAACAAUUGAUGUAUUUGGACUUAAGCUGCAAUGAUUUCCAAGGAGUUCAGAUUCCUGAAUUUUUUGGUCAAAUGAGAAAUUUAAGGUACCUUAAUCUUUCCCUAGGAGGAUUCACAGGAAGGAUUCCCUGUCAACUCGGGAACCUCUCCAAGCUGGAAUAUCUUGAUCUCAGUUGGCCUAACGUUUUGAUCAUUGACGAUAAUUCUGAGCAAUCAUAUGGGUUUGUGCAUGCUGAGAAUUUUCAAUGGUUGUCAGGUCUUUCUUUGUUGAAAUACCUUGACUUGACAAAUGUGGAUCUUGGCAAAGUGUCUGAUUGGUUGCAGGUGAUUAACACAAUCUCCUCCUUAGAAGAGUUGAAUUUAAUUAAUUGUCAACUCUAUCACUUCCCUUCACAACCCAUAACAAAUCUUUCUUCUCUUGUCAUCCUUCAUUUAAGUGAAAAUUUUUUUGAAGGUCCAAUUCCUGAUGCACUUCAAAAUUUGACUUCCCUUAGACAUCUCUAUUUAUCUUUUAAUUCUUUCAGUUCUUCACUACCUGACUGGUUGUACAAACUUAGCCGUCUAGAAAAAUUCUUUCUUCCAUACAAUAGCUUGCAAGGUAGUUUAGGUCCUUUAGGAAACUUGACUUCUAUCAAAAAACUGUAUCUCGGAUACAAUAGAUUUGAAGGUGGAAUCCCAGUAUCAUUUAAAAGACUUUGCAACUUAAGGAGCUUCUAUAUCUCUGAGGUUGAAUUGAAUCAAGAAAUAUCUGCAGUCCUGAAUAUUUUCUCCAGUUGUGUUUCAGAUGUGCUUGAGGAUUUGGAAAUGAGUAGGUGCAAACUUUUUGGUCAUUUAACCAAUCAAAUUGGAUUGUUUAAAAGCUUAAAAAAUCUUUUGUUAAGUUAUAACUCAAUUUCUGGUCCUGUUCCGUCAGCUUUAGGAAAACUUGGGUGUUUGCAAAGUCUGGAUUUUUCCUACAACAAGUUCACUGGAACAGUUUCCGCUAUCCAUUUUGCCAAUCUCACAAGACUCUUGCGAUUUGGUGCAUCUGGAAACUCUCCAACCUUGAAAUUCAGUCCUCAUUGGAUACUGACACUUGAUCUUGGUGAAAAUGCUUUUGUUGGGAUUGUUCCAAUAUGGUUGGAAGUCAGUUUUCCUCAAAUGGUAAUUCUCAAUCUUCGAUCAAAUAAGUUUCAUGGACUUUUACCAAGAGAGCUUUGCCAUCUUGCUUUGCUACAAAUCUUAGACAUUGUUGAUAACAAUUUUCAUGGAAUUGUGCCAAGAUGUAUUAAUAACUUCAGUGCCAUCAGAAACUCUUCUAAAGAAAGUUAUAAUCUACAAUAUGGUGCAACCGAAGAAUUCUUUCAAGGUUAUAUUGAAGAUGCGUUACUUGUUAAUAAAGGUCAAAUGGUUCAAUAUAACACAAUCCUCCAAUGGGUGAGAAUAAUGGAUCUCUCGAAAAAUAAUUUCUCUGGAGAGAUUCCUGUAGAAGUGACAGAUCUUGUUGCACUACAAGCAUUGAAUCUAUCACACAACCAUUUUACAGGUACAAUUCCUAAGAAUAUUGGUGUUAUGAGAUCAUUGGAGUGCAUUGAUUUGUCUGGUAAUCAACUUUUCGGUGAAAUCCCACAAAGCAUUUCAAAUCUAACGUUUUUGAGUUAUUUGAACUUUUCCAAUAACAAGUUAAUUGGAAAGAUUCCUUUAAGCACUCAGAUACAAGGGUUUGACGCUUCUUGUUUCACCGGUAAUAAUCUUUGUGGACCUCCCCUUUCCAAGAAUUGUGGUGUGAUUGUCACACCAUCACACUACAAUGAGGGAAAUAAUGGCAAUGAACAUGAAGUGGACUGGUUCUAUGUGAGCAUGGCACUUGGAUUUAUGUUACUUGCCAUAGUAACCAUCCACGUUAGCUUCUGCCAUGGAAGCUCUAACCAGCUUAGUUGUGUCGAAAGUGAGAGAGAAGCACUUUUAAGGUUCAAGCGAGAUCUCAUUGAUCCUUCAAAUCGACUUGCCCCUUGGAGUACUGUCAAUGCAGAUUGUUGUAAAUGGUCUGGUGUUGUCUGUGGCACUAGGACAGGCCAUGUCCUGGAGCUCAACCUCAGAUAUGAUGUUCCGUUUGGAAAGAUACCUUCCAAAAUUCAUGUUGCUGAACAUGAAGCUCUCGUUAAGUCAAUGUUGAAAGGUAAGCUUAGUCGCUCUUUGCUUAAUUUACAACACUUGGUGUAUUUGGACUUAAGCUGCAAUGACUUCCAAGGAGUUCAGAUUCCUGAAUUUUUUGGUCAAAUGAGAAAUUUAAGGUACCUUAAUCUUUCCAUAGGAGGAUUCACAGGAAGGAUUCCCCGUCAACUUGGGUACCUCUCUAAUCUGGAAUAUCUUGAUCUCAGUUGGCCUAACAUUUUGAGCUUUAACGAUAAUUCUGAGAAAUCAUUUGGGUUAGUGCAUGUUGAGAAUUUGCAAUGGUUGUCAGGGAUACUGACACUUGAUCUUGGUGAAAAUGCUUUUGUUGGGAAUGUUCCAACAUGGUUGGGGGACGGGCCAUGUCCUGGAGCUCACCUCAGAAAUGAUGUUUGGUUUGUAGCCAGACCUUACAAAAUUCUUGUUGCCGAACGUGAAGCUCCGGGCAAGUCAAUUUUGAUAGGAGGAUUCACAGGAAGGAUUCCCCGUCAACUCGGGAACCUCUCUAAUCUGGAAUAUCUUGAUCUCAGUUGGCCUAACUUUUUGUUCACUGAAGAUAAUGACGACGAAUAUAAAUGUGGGUUAGUGCAUGCUGAGAAUUUUCAAUGGUUGUCAGGUCUUUCUUCGUUGAAAUUCCUUGGCUUGACAUUUGUGGAUCUUAGCAAAGCCUCUGAUUGGUGGCAGGUGAUAAACACAAUCUCCUCCUUAGAAGAGUUGAAUUUAAUUGAUUGUCGACUCUAUCACUUCCCUUCACAACCCAUGACAAAUCUUUCUUCUCUUGCCAUCCUUCAAUUAAGUGAAAAUUAUUUUGAAGGUCCAAUUCCUGAUGCACUUCAAAAUUUGACUUCCCUUAGAAAUCUUUUUUUAGCUUACAACUCCUUCAAUUCUUCACUACCUGACUGGUUGUACAAACUUACCCGUCUAGAAAAACUUUCUCUUCUGUUCAAUAGCUUGCAGGGUAGUUUAGGUCCUCUAGGAAACUUGACUUCUAUCAAAAGACUGUCUCUCGGUUACAAUAGCUUUGAAGGUGGAAUCCCAUUAUCAUUUAAAAGACUUUGCAACUUAAGGAGCUUCUAUAUCUCUGAGGUUGAAUUGAAUCAAGAAAUAUCCGCAGUCCUGAAUAUUUUCUCUACUUGUGUUUCAGAUGUGCUUGAGGAUUUGGAAAUGGCUAGUUCCAUCAGCUUUAGGAAAACUUGGGUGUUUGCAAAGUCUUGA